CAAUAGAAGAAUGGUAAAGAAUAUGAGGGUGAUUAAAUCUUUUAGUGUUUACAUAAUUUUAAGUGUGAUUUUGUUUAGUGUAAAUAUUAUUCAGUGUCAAUUACGCGAAGGGUCAGUUUGUAGCCAUAAAAGAAGUCAGUCACCUGGUACCUGUAUGAAGCUAGAUGAUUGUGCUGAAGCUGUAGACGAACUUUUCAAUAAGGAUAUUAAUCCACAAACUUGUAGUAUUUUAGAAAACAAUACAGAGAUAGUUUGUUGUCGCAACACAGUUGAAGCGCCGCCAAACGUCGAGUCUGGAACCCGAUUAGGGGAUAACAUUAACAGGCAGAUGUGUCGAGAGUAUGCGAAAUCUAUUUACACAACCGAUAUUCCAUUCAAUGUACCAGGUGCAAUACCUACGAAUCAUUCAGAAUGCGGAUUUCCAUAUCGACCCUUAAUUUAUGGAGGAGAAUUGGCUAAGGGAAAAGAAUUCCCUCACAUGGCCUUAAUUGGAUAUGAUACACAAGUAGAAGAAGGAACUUUUGCAAGAGCUUGGGAAUGUGGUGGCACUUUAAUAAGUGAUCAAUGGGUAGUCACUGCUGCACAUUGCGUUACUACUUUUAAAAGUGGCGUUGCCAAAUAUGUUCGGCUUGGAGAGUUGGAUUUCAAAGAUGAUUUGGACGAUGCAAAACCUCAAGAUUUUGACGUAAUUGAACGAUUAGUACAUCCAAAAUAUCAAGAUAAUCAUUAUAACGACAUUGGAUUAUUAAAAUUACAUACAACAGUUAAGUUUAGUGCUUAUAUUAGACCAGCAUGUUUAUGGCCGGAAAAUGUAGUGUCCCAAGAUCGAGCUAUUGUAACGGGAUGGGGUACACAACAUUUCUUCUAUCCACAAAAACGUUCUUCACAUUUACAAUUGGCCAUACUUAGUAUUAUGCCGGAAUCUGAUUGUAAAGCACAAUGGAAACCAAAACAUCGCUUAGAAGAUGGUUUUAAAAAUGACAUACAGAUUUGUGCUGGAGCACGAAAAGAUGAAGAAAAUAAAGAUGCUUGUGAUGGAGAUUCAGGAGGACCUAUACAAAUUUACGCCACCGAUAUACACAAGUGUAUGUAUUAUGUCUUAGGCGUAGUAUCAUUUGGCAAGCCAUGUGGAGCUGGAAAAGGUCCAGGCGUAUAUACUCGUGUAGCUCCUUAUAUGGAAUGGAUUGAAGAUAAUGUUUGGAGAAAAUAAACUUUUGUGAUACAAUACCAAUGUUUGGCUGUUAUUAAGACUUUUGGCUGUUAUACUUGAUAAUUUUUAUCAAAUUUUAAGUACUUAUAUUUUUAAUUAAU